GGGGAACGGGCGAGGCUGCGCGCGCCGAAGAUGGCUGAGAAACAGAAGCACGACGGGCGGGUGAAGAUAGGGCACUACGUGCUGGGGGACACGCUGGGCGUCGGCACCUUCGGCAAAGUGAAGACAUAUAGGCUGUGUGCCACCAAGUGAAAUAGAGGACAUAAGUUUGGUGGAGGAAGAGGAGAAGAAUGCUGAAUUUCAUCCUGAACAUGUUGAAUUUGAGUUGGAGAACAUCAAUUAACAGGCCAUAAAGUGGCCGUUAAAAUCUUAAAUAGACAGAAGAUUCGCAGUUUAGAUGUUGUUGGAAAAAUAAAACGAGAAAUUCAAAAUCUGAAACUCUUUCGUCAUCCUCAUAUUAUCAAACUAUACCAGGUGAUCAGCACUCCAACAGAUUUUUUUAUGGUAAUGGAAUAUGUAUCCGGUGGUGAAUUAUUUGACUACAUCUGUAAACACGGACGGGUUGAAGAGAUGGAAGCCAGACGGCUCUUUCAGCAGAUUCUGUCUGCUGUGGAUUACUGUCAUAGGCAUAUGGUUGUUCACCGAGACCUGAAACCAGAGAAUGUGCUGUUGGAUGCACACAUGAAUGCCAAGAUAGCAGAUUUUGGAUUAUCUAAUAUGAUGUCAGAUGGUGAAUUUCUGAGAACUAGUUGUGGAUCUCCCAAUUAUGCAGCACCUGAAGUCAUCUCAGGCAGAUUAUAUGCGGGUCCUGAAGUUGAUAUCUGGAGCUGUGGUGUUAUUUUGUAUGCUCUUCUUUGUGGCACCCUUCCAUUUGAUGACGAGCAUGUACCUACAUUAUUUAAGAAAAUCCGAGGGGGUGUUUUUUAUAUCCCAGAAUAUCUCAAUCGCUCCAUUGCCACUCUCCUGAUGCAUAUGUUGCAGGUUGACCCCUUGAAAAGAGCAACUAUCAAAGAUAUAAGAGAGCAUGAAUGGUUUAAACAAGAUUUGCCCACUUACUUAUUUCCUGAAGACCCUUCCUAUGAUGCUAACGUCAUUGAUGAUGAGGCUGUGAAAGAAGUGUGUGAAAAAUUUGAGUGUACAGAAUCAGAAGUAAUGAGCAGUUUAUAUAGUGGUGACCCUCAAGACCAGCUUGCAGUGGCUUAUCAUCUUAUCAUUGACAAUCGGAGAAUAAUGAACCAAGCCAGUGAGUUCUACCUCGCCUCUAGUCCCCCAACUGGUUCUUUUAUGGAUGAUAGUGCCAUGCAUAUUCCCCCAGGCCUGAAACCUCAUCCAGAAAGGAUGCCACCUCUUGUAGCGGACAGCCCUAAAGCAAGAUGUCCAUUGGAUGCACUGAAUACAACUAAGCCCAAAUCUUUAGCUGUGAAAAAAGCCAAGUGGCAUCUUGGAAUCCGAAGUCAAAGCAAACCAUAUGACAUUAUGGCUGAAGUUUACCGAGCUAUGAAGCAGCUGGAUUUUGAGUGGAAGGUAGUGAAUGCAUACCAUCUUCGUGUUAGAAGAAAAAAUCCAGUGACUGGCAAUUAUGUGAAAAUGAGCUUACAACUUUACCUGGUUGACAACAGAAGCUAUCUUUUGGAUUUUAAAAGCAUUGAUGAUGAGGUAGUGGAGCAGAGGUCUGGUUCCUCAACACCUCAGCGUUCCUCUUCUGCUGCCGGCUUACAUAGACCAAGAUCAAGCUUUGAUUCUGUAACUGCGGAGAGCCAUUCACUUUCUGGCUCUCUCACUGGCUCCUUGACUGGAAGCACGUUGUCAUCAGUUCCACCCCGCCUGGGCAGUCACACCAUGGAUUUUUUUGAAAUGUGUGCCAGUCUGAUCACUACAUUAGCCCGUUGAUGAUUCUUCCCUAGUUUCUAUCUUUCUGUUAUUGUACUGUGAAAAUCAGACAUAUUCUUUAAAUUAUUUUACCUAUGGAUAUCACAUACUCUGCAAUACUGAUUGACAGACACGAAUAUCUCCACGGACCCUUAAUGCCAUUGAAAUUACUGAAAACAAAAAAGUCUGACAAUUUAUUUAUUCACAGACACCUGUAUUUCUAUUUUGCCUGAGAUAAAUUCACAUAGGCAGUAUUUUUAAAAGGUGAAAUUGAUGAAGAUUAGUGUUAAUUUAAAAUUGUGAGUUCACUACAGAUGAUUAAUACACCUUCACUGGGGAACCAUUUUAAUCAAAGGUUGAUUUGGUAGCACCUCUUUACUGUUUAUUUCCUAAAUUUCAGCAGGCUUUAAGUUGUGUUUAUACACCCAGUUCUCUUACACAUGAUUAAAAAAAUCAAACAACCAUUAUUAGUAAGAUAGUAUUUAAAUGUUGAAACCUUAAAAGCCUGUCCCCCAAAUUUCAGAAGCUAAGUUCUAGCAGUUCUUGAAGAUACUGUUUACUGUUUAACAGAAGAGCUGUGGUCCUGAAGCUAGUAACCAUGAUGUCUAGGUUCCUGGAAGACAGCUGUAAUGAACUAGAGGUUUUAUCCUGAGAUUUCUCCAGGUAAUAUAGUUAUCUUAAGAACCUUCAGGGUUCUACUCAGUAUUGGAAGAUGUGUAAUUGCAACAAGUUUUGUCUUUUCAUAAACUUAAAUCAUUUUAAACCUACCUUCAAAACCUACCUGUCUCAAAUUUUUUUUGGCUCUAUAUAUUUUUCUACUUCAAGCAUGAUAAAAUAGUUAAUUGAAACAAAGCAAAAUAAUAAUAGUCUCUUAAAAGAGAACUCUUAUCCUUGGACUCUUACCAUGUGUGGUGGCAGGGCAUGUGUGUCCUGUUGCAUCCCACUAUACUAAAUUGCUAAUCUUAAAUUUAAAUUUGUUAUUGCAGCCACCACCCUCCCCACCUCACCUUCUCUAGUCACCAUUGUCUUUGUUGUUUGAUCCUUAGUGGCUGACUGACUUAGCCUUUAAAUCUUUCCUGGUUCCCUUCUUUGUCCUAUUAUCUUGGUUGGUAGCCAUCCAAUUUCAAAAUACUGUUCUGGCCCUAAGGGCUUUUGUGUACUUCCAAAGCUUGAUUGGCUGUGACCUUCACUGUUCAACCUGUUAGGGCAGGGAAGCCUUUAACAUUAAAAAAAAA